AUGAAUCAUACUAACUUUACUCCAGAAGCCAACGUGGCUACGAAACCUAAAACUGUCACUGAAAAUUUGCUAAUUACCUUGUCUCUCUCCAUAAUUACAACCCUGACCAUGCUACUGAAUUCUUCUGUCAUUUCGGCAAUCUGCACAACGAAGAAGCUCCACCAGCCAGCCAACUACCUAAUAUGCUCGCUGGCGCUUACAGAUCUGCUUGUUGCUAUUCUGGUGAUGCCCUUGAGCAUUGCCUAUAUAGUGAUGGACCGAUGGAUCUUGGGAUAUUUCCUCUGUGAGGUGUGGCUGAGCAUAGACAUGACCUGCUGCACAUGCUCAAUACUCCACCUUUGUGUCAUUGCUUUGGAUAGAUACUGGGCAAUUACAGAUGCUAUUGAAUAUGCCAGGAAAAGGACUGCCAAGAGAGCUGGUAUUAUGAUCUGCACGGUAUGGGCAAUAUCGAUUUUUAUCUCAGUGCCUCCAUUGUUUUGGCGAAACCACCCUAGCAACAGCAAUUCCAGUGACUGCCAAAUCCAACACAGUCAUGUCAUUUAUACCAUAUAUUCCACAUUUGGAGCGUUUUAUAUCCCGCUGACCCUCAUUCUGAUCGUCUACUACAGAAUUUAUCAUGCAGCAAAGAGCCUGUACCAAAAACGUGGGUCAAGCAGGCAUCUCAGCAGUAGAAGCACCGACAGCCAGAAUUCUUUUGCCAAUUGUAAACUCACACAGACCUUUUGCAUUUCAGACUUAUCCAUGUCCGAUCCAACCACGGAAUUUGACAGAAUCCAGUUUUCAGUGAGGAGCCCUCCUUUUGACAACGAUCCAGAUUUGGUUGGAGACCGCCAACAGAUUUCCAGCGUAAGGGAGAGAAAGGCUGCACGCAUCCUUGGCCUCAUUUUAGGUGCAUUCAUUUUGUCUUGGUUGCCCUUUUUUAUUAAGGAGCUCAUUGUGGGCCUCAGGAUAAGCACCGUGUCAUCAGAAGUUGCUCACUUUUUGACAUGGCUUGGCUAUGUGAAUUCUCUAAUCAAUCCUCUGCUGUAUACUAGUUUUAAUGAAGAUUUUAAAUUUGCCUUUAAAAAACUCAUUAAGUGUUCGGAACACCCUUAAAACAACCCUGAA